UCGUCUCUCCCAGUGUGUUUCCUCAAAGACACCUUUCAGCCAGUCAAACACCUGCCGGCCGUAAUGAAGGUGCUAGAAUUUCUAGCCUGGAAGACCAGGGAGGCCAACGACUAUCGUGUGCAUCUGGACAGGAUGUUGCAGUUAUGCAGUCAACCGCCUUUGCUGAAACACACUUCCGAGAGCCUCGCUAGCUCCGUCGUAAUGGAGCAUUAUUUUACAUUGCUGGGUUACCUUUUGACGAUUUUGCCCGAUGAGGAAGACGUCCAACGAAUCCGCCAGGCACUUGAUUGUUUAUUAAUCGGGCGAACGAAACCGACGAACGUCGCGGCAGUGAAACUGGAUUUCCGUCGUCGUGCCAUGGAGAAUUCUAGGUUGCCGAUUAUCAUCGUCGAAUUGCUGGAGGCUGCUAUGCCAAGGAUGUACCCGAAGAUCUUGGAACUGGCCUCCACGCUCGCUUCGAUCUCGAACCAGUGUUGUUACAGAAUGCUGCAGGCCGGUGUACUGAACACGCUGUUCAGCAGGAUGGACCUCCCUUACGCGACGCAGCUACACUGCACCAAACCGCCGGACGUACCCCUCGAGGGAGAGGAAUAUCCGUGGGACACGAUGCUCUUGAUAAUGAAACUCUUGUGGAGCCUUAUGAGAUCGGUGUUACCUCCGAAUACACUACCAAAACACCUCAAAGACCUCCCAUCGCCCAAGCAAUGCGCCAUGUGGUAUUAUUUAUUGAUAAGACGAGCUAUCAAGCAUAAAAUACGAUUUCUGACGCAGUACAGGGGCUUAAGGUAUUCCUUCAAGCGGCAGAUACUUCGCGGUCAAUAUUGCGCCGUCAACUUGAGGAUCAGAAACGACAUUGCCGCAUUGAUCCUCGCUGGAAUCGUGGCUUUAUCUUCGUGGGAUCUUGUCAGCUGCGGCAUCGCGAAGGACAUUGUCGAUCUUUUACCUGCUAUUGAAUCCGGCAUCACCAAAAUAUGGACGGAAAGUGUGAAGCUCUCCGACAACGAUGAGGAUCUCUUCUUCAAAAAAACCCUACUGAUGAUCAUCGCUCAUCUCGCCGAUAUCGACGUUUACGUCUUUAUAAUGAAGAAAGCGAUGAUUAUGCCGAUUAUUCUCCGGAUCAUUAAAUUCUGCAUGAACGAUAAGAAGGAUAAAGGGUCUUCCGCAUCGCUGAUUCUCUUGGAACACGCGAUGCAUAUCUUAUCACUGUUAACGCCACGAAUAGAGACGGAAUUCGUGAAACGCAGAGGCACUCUCACAAAUACUCACAGAUUACUGACGAUGCUCGAGCACAUUUUGAAUGUGGAAUUCGACGAACACCUUGCGAUGAUUUUUACGAGAACCGUGUGCUCGAUAAUCUUGCAGGCCGACGCUCUUCUUUUGGAGGAUUUCGGGAAACAUGGAAUGAUACAAUUAUUAAUUAAAUUAAUCAGCAAUAUCGUGCGUUUAGAUAAGCUGACGAUGAGGAGACAACGAAUUUUAACAUUGCUGCUGAUUGCCCUGGAAGGCCUCGUGAAAAAACAGACAUCUGCUCAACAGCUGUGCGAAGAACGAAGCAUCGAGCUCAUCUCAGAGAUGUUUGAAAAGUGUUUACAUAAAAAAGACGAGGAUUUCCAAGUGGAUCAGCGCUUUUUGUUAGCGAUAGGCGCUUACAUUUGGAAAUGUGUGGUGCGAUGUUCAGCGAGUCUUCAAAUUUUCUUGAGAAACGGUGGACUGUAUUCUAUGCUGGACAUUGUCGAGAUUGCGGACUAUCCCGUGAGAUGUUUGUAUCUCGGUGCACUGACUGAUAUAUGCGAUAGCACUUUUUGUGGACCGUGUCUUUGCACUUGGAGAGGCGCCAAUAAGAAAACAGGUCUGAUAUCCUUGCUCGCGACUAUUUGGCGCGAAGAGGAAGACAGGAUCGGUAUCAAGAGACGCGCUGACGAUUCUGUAGCAGAUCCCGAAUUUCCUCAGAUGGGCACUAAGCAGUGGACAGACACCUAUCGUACGCAGCUUACGGCAGACGUUAGUCCCACUAUAAUCGAGAUGGUCGGCUCGGUGCGAUCGAAGAUCUUCAGUAUUUUCAAGAUCAUCGAGAGAGACGGCGACAAGUACGAAACCGCUAGGGAACAUUACAAAAUUCUACUCGACGAACUGCCAACGAAAGAUCACAUAACGCUGUGCUGCGUCGACAUGUAUCUCCGGCUGAAGCUCGGCCAGAUGUGGACGGAGCUCAGCAGAUACCUGGAGCAGACCGGCGUCACACCAUUGAGCGUGGACGCGCAUCUGAUCGCCCACAUGGUACAUUGGCACCGUUCAUGGGGUAUCCUGAUUGAGGACCGCCAGAGGAAGCUGAUUGCAACGGCCAAGCGCGCGGACGAGAUCUUGGAGAGGGACGAGCUCGCGAGGAUACGCGACUCCAAACUGGCACCGAGCCUAGAGGCGUUGGACGACAUAGACCGCAUCCGUCGCACAACCGACAGAUCGCACAUGCUGCAGAAGAAAGAUCGGCAGAGGCAACAAGUGCGCGCGGCCCUCUCGUUCCCACGCGACGCCGAUGCCAAGCGAUGUCAUCGAACGUUUUCCGAUACGACGAAUGUCACGGUGAUCCUCGGGCAACGUCAAUUAAUCAACACUUCGCAUCUAGAAGAUCCUCGAAAAGAUUUCACGAAGAUAUCUCCGAUGUUACCCUUCGAUUCGCCUCGCGAAGAAAUCUGCCCUUCGCUCGAAGUCACUUCCGUGAGUUCCCUGUUUUACGAACCUCAGUUCGCUGACGAAUACGCGAUCGAAAGUCUCAAUCGAUAGCCAGCGUGUUGCUCGCAUGAAAUAAUAUUUUAAUAAUGUAUGAAAUGAAAUAAUCAAUUGCAAUAAAUUAUCUUCUUGCGACGAGCUGGCAUUUACCUUGCCACGAUACGAUAGUUGUCUUUCUUACCGACCAGAAGAGAGCAGCGUACGGGAAACGCCACUCUUUAUUUCAUAACUGACCCAAGUAACGUCCACGCGCGUUUAUGAAUAGUCUCGCGCGCGCGCGGUUCUAGCUACGCUUAUACUUGGCGCGAGACACUUCCGUGUAUCGUGAUACUCCAAGCUUGGGAGAGCAAAGUGAAAUUGUAUCCUCGUUAACAUUUGACCCGUUACUGAUCAAUCGCGUUUUGAUUUUUACUUACACGAUUAGGUGCCUUGUGCCAUUUUGCGAAUCAGUUUUCAAGUGUUUUCAAUCCUCUCACUUUUCGAAUCCCGAGGACGAGUCCCCGCGCGAAGAUCGUCGUUCGACGGCGCGAGUCGAGGGCACCUCGCAAAUCCCGCGCGCACGAUU